UUUAGUCGGCAUUGUAAAUGUACCCGCUGACUAUUAAAGCAAACCGAGCUUCAUGAAAAAACGAAAGCAUUAUUUAUAGUUAUUAUUGGUGGCGCGGUUUGUUACUAUAGGCAACUGAAACAAAAUGGCGUCACAACCACGACUGCAACUUCUUGUCGUAGGUUUACUGGGAGACGAGACUUUCCAACAAGCAAAGUGUUGUGCAGAGGGUCUUUAUCAGAAGUAUCCAGAAAAGUUUGAUACACCCAAGGCAACAGGUCUGCUGGAAUUUGACUGGGAGCUUUACAUAGAUAAUAAGAGACAUGAGUUGAAAGGGGAAACAUGGCAGUUCCAAGAUAAGGUCACUUGUUAUCUGAAUGGUCAGCUGAUUGGUGGAGCUGAUGAGUUCACAAAAUGGGCUUCAGACGAGUGGUCAUAUGAAGACUUCAGACCACCAGCUUUGUACUUGGCAUUAGCAGAAGAAGCAUAUAAAAAGUAUUUAGUGAAUACUGGUCAUACCUUUGUGUAUUUUGAUGUUACUAUUGGUGAGGAACCAGCUGGAAGACUACUUUUUGAGCUUUUUACAGACAAAUGUCCCAAGACUUGUGAGAACUUCCGCGCACUGUGUACUGGUGAGAAAGGCAAAUCUGAAGAAUCAUUGGUUGACUUGCAUUAUCAAAAUUGCAUGUUUCACAGAAUAGUACCCAAUGGAUGGAUACAAGGAGGAGAUAUUGAAGCUGGAAGAGGAACAGGAGGCGACUCUAUUUACGGACCAGUGUUUGAAGAUGAAAAUUACUCAGUUGCACAUAAUAAGAGAGGCAUUCUUGGUAUGGCUAACAAAGGACGACACACUAACGGUUCUCAAUUCUAUAUAACAUUCAAACCAACCAAAUGGAUGGAUACUAAAUAUGUAGCAUUUGGGCAACUCAUAGAAGGCACAGAUUUGUUGAAGAAACUUGAAGACCAGAUCACAUACAAUGAAAGACCGAAGAAGGAAUGUCGAGUUGCUGAGUGUGAUGUUUUUACUCCUUAAUGAACAACAUGUCCAAUACAAAAAAAGAUAAAACUUGCAGCUAAGCAUUUGAACUCUGUUAAUUUAUGUAAAUAUCAAUAACAUGGCUUUCUUUUUAAAAAAUUUAAAGUUGUACUUUCCCUAUAAUAUUUUUAUAUAUUAUGCUAUGAUUUUUUAUUCUUGUUAAUUUUCGAGUGAUUCCAUAUAUCGGUAUACUAUAAGAAUACAUGUACAGAGUAUUUGACUUAAAAACAUAUUAUUGACUUAUAUAACAGUCAGAUUUUUAUCAUUAAUUCAUUGGCUUAUAAUCUCUACAGAUGUACUAUUUUAUAAUCACCCUUUCUCUAGCUAUUAUAACAAAAUGCUUUGAUGUUCUUUAAUUCAUGUUAUAGUUUGAGUUGUGAUAUUAAAGAGAUGAAUACAUGG